CCGCAGCAUCAACAUUAUACGCCGCGAUCAUUAAUUCACUUUUCAAAGCCUGUGAAGUUCGAUAAGUGAACAAUUGCUGAGCUUUAUUUAUUAAAAUGCCUGCGUAUGUAUUUUAGAAUGAGUGUCUGAAGGGCAGCAACUAACAAUCCUCAGUCCAGGCGAUCAGCACAAUGGACGAGCAAUCGCGAACCCAUUUGAAGAAGUUAAACCGCGCAUAUCAGAAUAUACAGCACAAGAAAUCGCCACAUUACAAAGUAGACUAGAAAAACAACUAGGACCUGAAUAUAUUUCAUCGCGAUCAGGACCAUCAGGUCAAAAGGUGCACUACAUUACGGCGGAGAAAUGCAUUCAACUUGCCAACGAGGUAUUCGGAUUCAAUGGCUGGUCGAGCCAGAUCAUCGAGACACAAGUAGAUUUUGUGGAUGAAAAUGCUACGACAUUCAAAGUUAGUUUGGGACUUUCGGUCAUUGUGAGAGUUACGUUGAAGGAUGGUACCUUCCAUGAAGAUGUGGGGUAUGGACAUAUUGAGAACUGUAAGGGCAAGGCGGCGGCGUUUGAGAAGGCCAAGAAAGAGGGAACGACGGAUGGAUUGAAGAGGGCGUUGAGAAAUUUUGGAAAUGUUUUGGGAAAUUGCAUUUAUGAUAAGGAUUAUCUGAGUAAGGUUACGAAGAUUAAGGUGCAGCCUGUCAAGUGGGAUGUCGAGAACUUGCAUAGACAUUCCACAUUUACUCCGCAGGUGGUUGCAAAGAAGGAGAUUGAGACAUCAAAGAUGGCGGAAAAGACUCAAGCUCAGGGUUCUGGACCGGCUAUUACAAGUCCUUUGGGUAUGUUCUAACGGUGUGGUGGUGACAAAAACAUAACUGACAUUGCAGUAGGGGACGAUACAUUAAUUGGAGAUGACGAGUUCGGAGGUAUGAAUUUCCUAAAUUCAUAAAAAGGGAUAUUACUAACAGAUGGUAGAUUUUGACGAUGCCGAUUUCAAUGUUGAUGACCCGAAUUCUCAUCCGGAUGAAGUUGCUCUUCCUCCACCACGGACUGGUUCACACCAUUUCAACAAUGUCAGAAAUAGCACCAAUGCACCAUUAACAAAUACAGGCGUUCCAAAUCAGAGCCGCACUUCAGGACCUCCAGUUCCGCCAGUCAAUCGUGGGCCAUUAAUUCAGCCAAACCGACCACCGGAAGCUGGCAAUCAGAACAUCAUCCGCAAUAAUCAUCCUCCACCGGCACCAAGAACGCCUAAUGCGGGUUUAUCAAGAUCAAUCAGUGCAGCAGGACUUAAUGCCCAUGCACCUCAAGAUCUAGUACAACCCAACCGCCCCGUCAACCUCGUCACCACUGUUCCAGGCCGCGUGUUAAAUCAACCCAACCGACCCCAGCCCGAGCCAGCUUCAGGCCCUCCCUCUCCACCUCGAAAUAAUGAUAUAACCGAUGAAAUGCCUCCACCUGGUGCCGGCUUCUUCUCUGCCCGCGUCGCAGAUCUCCUUCAUCAAGACCACCCCCCUUCUGAAAUACCUCCCGUGAACCUCAAAAUCCCCGCUUUCAACCCCAACCUCGAAUCCCCUUCCAUCCGUCGUACCCCAGGCAUCGAUCAAAAAUCCUCCAAACCCCUCUCUCGCGACCUCAAAUCCGUUCCUUCCUCUCAAGCUCCAGCUCCAACCACUGGUAUCCCCCCUCAAGCACAACCAGCUUCACGUCCUGUCAUCGCCAGCAAUCGGAACAUAAACCUAGGAAAUCCGCAACUAGACGCCACGCGAAGAAUCGGAGCGCCAAGUAGUCCAAGCCCAAUGAAUAUGGGAAAUAGGAAUAGUUAUAAACCGCCCACGAUGAAGAGGCCAAUGGGCGAGGCGAAUAGAGUCCCGCUGACGGAUUUGCGGACGAAUGGGAAUGGCUUGGCUGGAGAUGCGCAUGCUGGUGGUGAUGCGAAGAGGCAGAGGUUGAAUGGGAUGUGAUUUGAUGUGAUCCUGAAUGCGGACGCUACUUAAAGUGUGUAUAAUGCAUACAUGAAUAAGGGAUGUAAAUGAGAAGAUGACAAAAAGUUUAGCCGUGGACAAAAUUGUAAUUUGAGGCGUUAUUAUGGGUUCGAGGAUGGGAUCACCAGAUGGAACGAGACGAAAAUGCAAAGGGACUUUACAUAUGAUGGAUUUCUUGCUGGAGUCGAUCACACCGACCGUUUGUCUUCUUGUACUUACCUAGAGAAAGCAUACUUUUGCUUUGCUUUUGGUGGAUUUAUGGAUGGCUGAUUAUGGCCUAAUGAGGGAAUCAAUAGAGAUGUGCCGUUAGCUUAGAUAUCAUCGGGCAU